AUGGCUCUGGUUCUGCAUUCCUCUGAGAACAAAAAUGCAUUCAAGGCACUUAUUGCGGCGGAGUACUCUGGUGUAAAGGUUGAACUGGCAAAGGAUUUUCAGAUGGGCGUGACAAAUAAGACCCCGGAAUUCAUCAAGAUGAAUCCUAUUGGGAAAAUUCCUGUGCUGGAAACACCCGAUGGUUGUAUUUUUGAAAGCAAUGCAAUUGCACGCUAUGUGGCUCGAUCGAAUCCUGAUAGCCCCUUGUAUGGGUCAUCGUUGAUUGAUUAUGGUCACAUUGAGCAGUGGAAUGAUUUUUCUGCUACCGAAAUUGAUGCUAACAUAGCAUCAUGGUUAUACCCAAGGUUUGGAUUUCGUCCACAUAUUCCACAGGCUGAGGAAGUUGCAAUCGCUAAUCUAAAGAGGGCUUUGGGAGCUUUGAACACUCACCUUGCCUCAAACACCUACUUGGUUGGGCACAGUGUCACACUUGCAGACAUUAUUAUGGUCUGCAACCUUGCUUUUGGAUUCAAGAUGGGCUUUACCAAGAGCUUCACCUCUGAGUUUCCUCAUGUAGAGAGGUAUUUCUGGACAUUGGUCAACCAGCCCAACUUCAAGAAGGUAUGGGGUGAAGUCAAGCAGGCUGAGUCCGUCCCCCCUGUUGCGUCCAAGAAUCCAGCCCAGCCCAAGGAGGCUGAAAAGCCCAAGGCGAAGGAGGCUAAGAAAGAGGAGGCAAAGCCCAAGGAAGUAGCAGCUGAGGCAGAGGAAGCUCCCAAGCCCAAGGCUAAAAAUCCAUUGGAUCUGUUGCCUCCGAGCAAGAUGAUUCUGGACGAGUGGAAGAGGCUUUACUCUAACACCAAGACCAACUUCCGUGAGGUUGCAAUCAAAGGAUUUUGGGACAUGUAUGAUCCGGAAGGAUACUCUCUGUGGUUCUGUGACUACAAAUACAAUGACGAGAACACAGUCUCGUUUGUCACCUUAAAUAAGGUUAGCGGCUUCUUGCAGAGGAUGGACCUCGCUCGAAAGUACGCUUUCGGUAAAAUGCUCAUCAUUGGCUCGGAGGCUCCUUACAAGGUCAAAGGGCUGUGGCUGUUCCGUGGCACUGAGAUUCCCCAGUUUGUUCUGGACGAGUGUUACGACAUGGAGCUCUAUGAUUGGGCCAAGGUGGACAUCAAUGAUGAGGCCCAAAAGGAGCGCGUGAACCAGAUGAUUGAAGAUGCCGAGCCCUUUGAGGGCGAGGCCUUGUUGGAUGCAAAGUGCUUCAAGUGA